UUAAAGUAAUAUUUAUUCUACAUAACAAAAUAAUUUACUGUUCAAACAGACAUCCAUUCAGAAUAUUGCAUUGAAAGCAGAUGUUUUUAAUUGUCCCUAUUUUGGGAAGUGGAAUUCUAAAAUUUAAGAAUCACUGAGGAUGCAAAUUUAAUAAAUUAGUAGUAAUGGUGAUGGUAAAUAAUAAAAAAAAAACAUUUACUAACAUUCACAUUUAGUAAAUAUAUAACAAACAUUCUGUGGAUUAAAAUAUGCUGGUUUUAUGGAACAAUUAUGUCAGAAAAAGAGGCUCUGAAAGCAUUGCUCAUUUGUUGCAUCUUAAAAACUAAUUGCUAGUAAAACAGCAGAGUUCCAAGGCUGUGAUACCAAUCUGGUUUAAACGUAAUGAAUGAAAACUAGCUAGCGGAGCUAAAGACCACCAGGGCUAAUAGAAGCAAAAGAGUUGGAGGUAAAAAAAAAAAAAAAAAAAAGUGGUAAAGCAAAGCAGGAAAAGGUUAUUGAAGUUACUGAAAGAUUUAGGAGGCAAGUCAGCAGUUAUUUAAUCUGGGAAUGCCCAUUGUUCACUCUGCAGAGUGCAAAGUCAAGAGUUCUUAGAAAAGAGCCUUUGAUUUAGCAAUUGUGAGACAGGAAAACAAAUGUUUGUGACUUGUGAAGAAAUAAUCUGCUGUAAAAGACUAAGUAAAAUUCUCCUCAGUGUGGUAGAAAGUACAAUGAAUUGUUUACUGUUAUCCUCUGGGAUUUUUUUUUUUAAACCCUCUCAUUCUAAUUUACAGCCCUGGAAUUCCUGCUGGUCUUUUAUCAAAGUAUUUAACCAGGUUUCACUCUGCUGAGCUUCCAAGCCCAAACAACAUUACACCCAGAACACCAGCUGCAAUCUUUUCCGAGUUAGUUAGAUCCAGACAGUUAUCCAUACCUUGGUUACAUAAUACAAUUCUGCUAGUGCAACGUGCUUACAUGUAUUUUUUCUUGAGUAGUUAAAAAUUAAAACUGAUGUACGUAGGUAUUAUCCAAUGAACGUAACAAGACCGUAAUAUGCCUAUGUUAAAAAUCUAAAAAAUUAUCAAUUUUCCACAAAUAAUUGAAAAGGUUGGUCCAAAUCUUUUGAAGCCACAAAUGGUUAAAUUCAUCAUCAUUGCAAAUGAAAAAAAAAUAUUUAGAAGUACUUGUUCUACAUAACAAUUACUAUAAUUUGUUAUUAAAAUAGGCUGAUACACUGAGAAUAUUGUAAUGAAAAGAUUUAUUUGUAAUCUUCAGAUGCUGUCUACAAUUACAGGAUAUAGCGUGGGGGGUCUUCUGUAUUUUUCCCAAGCACAAAACAUUAUCUUCGGGGGGGGGGGUUGCAUUUAGCACUUCUGCGGCCAAGUACUUUGAAUUAUUUAAAUGAUGUUUUCAGCAUUUAUUUUAACUCUUUUGUUUCUUAUUUUACUGCUCUUUCUGCCCUGUUUACCCUUUAGGGAAAGGAAAAUCAGAUUAAUUAAUCAAAUUACCAUUCAAAAUGACUGGGAAUUGUGACAUUUGUGAUCCAAACAUGCCAAAGAAUAUCAAGCUGAGGAAAACUUUUCUAGGUAAUGUAAGAAAUUUAUCUUCUGAUUAUAAGUAUUAUUUUUCUUUCUGAAGCAAAGCUGGAGGUGAGCAGUAUUUAGCUUCUAAGUAGGAAGAGGCUCCGAUCUGUAGUGAGUGUCCUUGCUGUCCUUGCUGUUAGCUCUUAUUUUCCUGAGACCUCACAGCCACAGUGAGAAAGAAAAGGCUCAGCUUCUUUAGGAAGUCACCAACAGAUACAGUGAGUGUAUCCAUACUGGAUCUGGAAUAACAUUCGUAUAUUAUCCAAAUGCUGCGCAGAACCUUUUACAAAUUUCAAAAAGCUGAUUUCAGUAUAGGUCACAGGUAAUUGUGACCUGGUAUCUACAUCUAUUGACAUCACUCCACUGCACUCAAAGUGAGGUUUACAAGCCAAGAGAAUCUAGGCUUUUACCAUCAUCCUCAGCUUCAGACAACCUUGACCCAGCUAAACAUGAAGAUGCAGUUUACAGAAAAGAACCACAACAGUUUUCUGAUACAGGCCCUUAACAAACAAAGAAAGAACAAGGAGUUUUGUGAUGUGGCUCUCAGCGUGGACCAGACUGUCUUCUAUGCCCACCUCAAUGUCUUAGCAGCUAUGUCUCUCCAUAUAAGGAGUUUGAUAUCCAGCAAUGAUAUGAAAGCAGAUGACGAACUCUUUAUUAUCAUUGAUGCAAAAUUCCUGAGCCCUGCCUUAAUGGAGGAGCUGCUUGAUUACUUCUAUACUGGGCGGAUUGUGAUUUCAGAGAAGAAUGUGGAGGAACUGCUGAAGGGAGCCAAGUACUUCAGUUCCCAAACUUUAAGAAGUCAUUGCUCCGACUUCCUCCUCCGGUCUCUCAAAAUGGAGAACUGCCUCCAGUACAUUCUGAUAGCCACCACGUAUGACCUGAAGGACAUAAGAAAUGCUGCCUAUGACGGGAUACGAGAGAACUUUCAUUACUGGGUAGGGCCUCAGGGCCUAUCAGAAUUUAUGCAAUGCCCUUAUCACGUCUUCAGCAGAUUGCUCAAAGAGGAGAAUCUUCAUGUGCAAAACGAAGAUCAGAUCUUUCUUGCUCUCCUUCAGUGGAUAAAAUAUAAAAAGAAUGAAAGGGAGAAGCAUUUUAAAAAGUGCUUUGCCUAUAUACGUUUAACAGCAGUUUCUACCAAGACACUACUCGCAGGCUGUCGGGAGGUGCUGCUCUUUGCAGACCACACUGGACCUCUAUCCCGAAUAGAGGCUGUGUUGAGUGAACGUAAACAAGGAAAUCCUCAAAGUCUGAUGCUUCAACAAAGGAAGGGGGCACUAGUGGACUCAGUAGUAAUCUUAGGUGGACAAAAGGAGCAGGGUAAAUUCAACAAUGAAGUGUUUGCCUAUGUAAUUGGAGAGAAUAUCUGGAUGAAACUCACAGAAAUGCCUUACAGAGCAGCCGCACUCAGUGCGGCUUCAUUGGGGAAAUUCAUUUAUGUCUCUGGAGGAACUACUGAGCAGAUCUCUGGGCUGAAGACUGCCUGGAAGUACGAUAUGGAUACCAACACAUGGAUCAAACUUCCAGAUCUACCAGUUGGUCUUGUAUUCCAUACCAUGGUGACUUGUGGAGGUGCAGUGUACUCUAUAGGAGGUAGUACAGCUCCAAGAAAGUAUAUUUCCAGUAUCUACAAGUAUGAUGAAGGCAAAGAGAAGUGGACCCUUGCUGGGAAAAUGAGUAUACCUAUGGAUGCAACUGCACUGAUCACCAAGGGAGACAAGUCUAUUUACAUUGUGACAGGGAGAUGUCUGGUAAAUGGGCGCUUCUCACGAAUUUAAAAGAAGAAUGCAAUAUUAGGAGUUCUUCUAUCCAGUUAGCAGAGCUGUUCACAAAAAUCAUAAAAAAUCAGCAACAGUGGGAAACGUCUAACUAUCCACAUAUUGUUAGCUUCCAGUGUCCCAGCCAACAUUGUCCCUGGUUAAGAAAUACUGAGAGUUGAACUAUAUUCAGUUGAAUUCAGCAGCAUUUUAAAAGUUACUUAUUUUUCAUCCUCAGUUAUGCCGUUUUCAAUUCUAUCUGUUACAAAAUAUAUACAGUAGUUUUAAAUAAAAGUAAAACUUGUGGUCAAUUUUCUUUAGCAAUUUCUUUUCCUGCACACAUUGCCUUUGCAAUACCAAAGACAGGAAAACAACUGGUUCAUAGUAAUUCUUCCACAAAGAGGAUUUGGAGAAUAGAGGAGCCAUUUUUUCAAGAAGAGGCACUUGGAAUUAAAGCUGUUGCUGCUGUUGCAGUAAAAUAAUUGUUAUUUGACAGCAGU